AUGCAGAUGGGGUGGGUGAUGAACGAGGUUCUCCGGCUAUACUCGCCGGCACCGAACGUGCAGAGGCAGGCAAGAGAAGACAUCGGGGUGGGCGAGGCGACGGUUCCUAAAGGUACCAAUGUGGGAUUUGAUGUAGUGGCCAUGCACCACGACCACUCUCUCUGGGGAGACGACGUCAACGAAUUCCGGCCGAGAGGUUCUCCGACGACCUUUACGGAGGGUGCAAGCACAAGAUGGGUUUCCUGCCGUUCGGAGUACCGCCAUCGUCCAUCUUACUUGCUCUCUCUGAGGCCUAGUCACGGGCUGCCUCUCAUGCUCGAGCCUCUCAGAUAG